CACGUUCAUAUAGUUGUCGACACAGCCCCGCAAUGCUGGCAAGUUCAUGUUGUUAGCUCGCCAGCCGCUAGCAAGCAAAAUGUCCACGCCCAUAUUAGCCGAUUGGGAAGAGGCAGGACCGGACAUGCUGACCAGUGCCGCGUGCCGCGCGUUUCUGCGUCAACCUUGCCCAAAGCAUCCACUUAACCAAUGCUGCAGGCCACAUGGUCAUUGUAGGGGCACGAGCACGACAUUUGGGAGGCAGUAGAAAUGCUGGGGCCCAACAAUGAAACAAGGAUGGUGCCAGACAAGACUGGUUCCUUGGUAAGCCCUGACUUAGAAAUUUAACCGAUACGUGUUGGCGUCGUUUGACGCAUUCAAAAAGCCAGCAGGACCGUGUGGCAAUUCAAUGAGCCCCAUUGUGCUCAUGCUCUUUUGGCGGGGCAGGUGCGUGAUUCCUGAGCGCUUCUCUAUUGUAGUUUGUAGCCUAGCUUGAUUAGCUGUAUAUUGCAGCUCUCACCGAGCACAGCUCAAUACGCCGCCGUUGCAGCGUCCAAUCACAACUCUUCCUUGUCUGGCCUGACUGCCUCGCGUCAAAAUCGAGCAAUCAAUGAAGCGCCCCAGGACUGAGGAGGGCCUGGAUCCGGGCAUGGCCGGCGGGGUUCAGGGCCAGAUUGGGCCGGACGGCUUCCCGUGUGUGCGGCUACGGGGGCUGCCGUUUGAUGUCAUGGAGGGGGACAUCAAGAUGUUUCUGGAGCUGGAACCGGUGGAUAUCGUCAUGGUGAAGCGGGAUGGGCGGUUCUCUGGGGAGGCCUUCGUGGUGGUGGGCAACCUGCAGCAAGUCGAGGCUGCGAUGACGAAGCACCGCCAGUUCAUCGGCCAGCGCUUUAUCGAGAUCUUCCCGGCGCAGAAGCGGGACUACUACCGCGCGGUCGCUAACUACGUGGGCGGGGGCGACUACGGCCGCGGCGGUUACGGGAUGGGUGGAAUGGGCAUGGACCCGAUGGGCUACAACCCGAUGAUGGGCGGCUACGACCAGUCCGGCAUGGGCAUGAUGGGCGGCGGCGACAUGGGCAUGAUGGGCUACGGGCAAGGCUAUGGGCAAGGUGGCAUGGGUAUGGGCGGUGGAAUGGGCAUGGGCGGCAUGCGCGGCGGUGGCGGCGGCGGCAUGGGCGGGGGUGGUAUGGCCGGCGGCGGCACCACCUGGCUCAAGCUGCGCGGCCUGCCCUUCGCCGCGGUGCCUGAUGACAUCAUCGCGUUCUUUGACGACCCCUCGCUCGGCAUUCCGCGCCUGGACCCCUCCCGGGUGCACAUGUGGACGGACGGCGGCCGGCCCACGGGCAUGGCGCUGGUGCAGUUCAACACGCCCGCCGAAGUGUCCAUGGCGCGCGCCAAGGACAAGCAGCUGAUGGGCACACGCUACGUGGAGAUCUUCCCCGCCACCCGCGGCGACCUGGACAAGUUCAUGGCGCGUACCGGCGAGCAGAUCCCCGUCUAGAUCCGCGUGUGAGGGGGCCGGCGUCAAGUGACCGAUGUCCAUUUGUCGCUUAGGGGAGGCCCGGGAGGCAACUUCGCGUGUGAGUGAGGCGAGCUGCCUGUGUAGCGGAGGCUGCUGGAGGAUGUGAAAGGAUGCACGGUCGAAGAGAUCGACUUAUGACGGAGCGAGCGAGAGGAUGGGUGUUAAGUGCGGCAUGCUUUUGUUCGUGGCGCCGCGUUGCGUGCGCUGUUACUUCGCGCGGUGAGUUUGGAGGGGUGGGUGUGGCACCAGCAGCAGGCGCGAUUGUAGCGCAAGAGAUAGAAGGCUCGUGAGUCAUGAACAGCAGGGCCUGCUACAUCCACAAAGAGCUAGCCCUUCGGCCGCGGUGGCAUCCUGAGCAUGCGUGCAUUUGGGCCUGAAACAAUGUAACAAUGCGGAUGG